AUGAACAAGGACGUUGCAACGAACGCCCGGUCGCGGCCAGUGUUUAUCGAUGAAGAUCACGUGAAGCGGCUGCUCGACUGGAAUCAGGCACGGUACGCGGUUGAAGCGGCUUUCGUCUCCGUGUCCAAUCAGGCGCGGGAUGCAGCCAAUCGAUCGAACGAUCAUCCCGUUAGCUCCCAACCGGCGCGCACUUUUGUCCAAGCGGACGGCGGAGUACUACUCUGCAUGCCCGCCUACGUUGGCCGCCAUUCGCUAAUGGUCGGAUCUGGGGAUCGUUAUUCGACGCUCGCCUGUAAACUGAUCACGAGCUUCCGCGGGAACGCUGCCAUCGGUCUACCGUCGAUUAAUGGGGAAGUGUUUCUGUUUGACAACACCACCGGCAAGCUGGACGCGAUCGUCGAGGCAAAUUAUCUGACCGGUAUGCGUACGGCUGCCGCGUCGCUGGUCGCAACCGAUUACCUGUUCCUUCGACCACGGUCCGAUCGCACGAUCCAGCUCGGAAUAGUCGGGUGCGGGUUUCAGGGAACGAUGCACGCUGUUGGUUUCGUACGCACGCAGCCGCUGGCCAGCAUACGUUCCAUUCGGUUGUGGAACCGUACGCCCGCACGGGCCCACCAACUGAAGGCCAUUCUGGAGGAGGAAGCGAAGAAAACGGAAAGAGCCGGCUUCUCGGUUUUCGUUUGUGAUACGGUCGAAGAUGCCUGCCGGGAGUGUGAUGUGCUCGUGACGGCAACCGGCUCCGGGGAGCCGCUGGUCUACCGAAGAUUCCUGAAACCGACGGUUCACAUCAAUGCGAUCGGUGCCGGCGAAUAUCAUCACGCGGAGCUGGCGCAGGACGUGUACGAUCAUUGCCGAGUGUACAUUGACCACUGGGAUGGGGCCCGGAAGGAGUUGGCUAACCUACGGUCGACCAUUGUCGGCGAAGUGGGUGAAGUGAUCUUGCGCGGAGAAGCAGACACCAGUCUGCUGCCGAAGGGCAGCGGAAUCAGUGUGUUUCAGUCGCUUGGAAUGGCCACCGAGGACGUUACCGUGGGAAGAUUGGUGUACGAAAAGUAUCUGCAGGAAGCUGCCACACAAUGAAAGGGGGUCAAGAACCGGUGAAGCGGUCUUAAUCUUUAGUAUCAUUGCACAAAAAUGCAAGCAAGUCCCAGGAUAUUUUUCUCGGUAUAUUUCACACUAAAUGCACCAAGUUACGAUAUAAAAUGUAUAAUAUAUGUAGCAAAAUAGAGAGGGGUUGUACUUUUUGUUCAUGUUUUACAUGUGUCGGAAGUGGACUAUCGGCACUCUCGUUACAGUUACGCACCAUUCAAAGUUGAAGAUUCGUGGAGAUAGCUAGAGGUUGACAUGUUUGGAAAGUUGAGGAAAAGUUUGCUAAAACUAUGCU